ACUUGUUAAAACUCCAAGUCCACCUACUGUGGUUGGCAUUAAAAUAAGCUUCAUUCUAAAAGGGCAGCUGCUGUACACAGAGUUCAAACAGAAGGGAACAAAGAAAGAAUUAGAGGAAGAAUGGAAGCUGAGCAUUCAAGUAUGAUGUUACCAAACAAGCAAGUUGUGUUCAAGAAUUAUGUUGAAGGGUAUCCAAAAGAGAGUGAUUUUGAGCUAAGAAGUACAAUGAUAAGUUCCCAGAUUCCUCAAGAUUCAAAUGGUUUGUUUGUUAAGAAUCUUUACUUGGGUUGUGACCCUUACAUGCGCCACAAGAUGUCUCCUCAUGAGUCCAAGGAUGUUUCCUUGCUUACCUCAUUCAAACCUGGUUCUGUCAUUACUGGACUUGGUGUUGCAAAAAUUAUUAAAUCAGCAAAUGCAGAUUUCGAGGAGGGAGAUUAUAUCUGGGGAAUGACUGGUUGGGAAGACUAUAGCUUGAUUCUUAAUUCGGAUGGGCUUUUCAAGAUCAAAUAUACGGAUGUGCCACUCUCAUACUAUGCUGGAAUUCUAGGUAUGCCAGGACUCGCAGCCUAUAUUGGCUUUUAUAAUGUAUGCUCUGCUAAGGAAGGGGAUAUAGUCUAUGUCUCCUCCGCAGCAGGAGGGGUUGGUCAGCUUGUUGGACAAUUCGCGAAAAUGAAAGGAUGCUAUGUUGUUGGAAGUGCAAGUACUGAUGAAAAGGUAGAUCUUUUGAAAUCAGAACUUGGCUUCGAUGAUGCUUUUAACUACAAAGAAGGAACUGAUUUUGCUGGAGCCUUGAAAAGGCACUUCCCCAAGGGAAUUGAUGUUUACUUUGAGAACGUUGGAGGAAGUAUGCUGGACGAGGUGCUUUUGCACAUGAAUCUCUAUGGUAGGAUUACAGUUUCUGGGAUGAUCUCUCAGUACAAUUUAAAGAAACCAGAUGGUAUUCACAACUUGUUUUGCCUUAUCACAAAGAGAUUACGGAUGGAAGGUUUCUCCGAGCUUGACUUCCGGCACAAGGUUCCAGAAUACCUCGAGUUUGUUAUUCAGCUUAUAAGAGAGAAAAAGCUGGUUUUUGUAGAAGACAUUGCUGAGGGUUUGGAAAAUGCUGCAUCAGCUUUUGUUGGUAUUUAUCAUGGGCGAAAUGUCGGAAAGCAGAUUAUCCAGGUUUCAACUGACUGAGAACUCGCAGAAUUUGGAUAAAAACAAAAAAAUUCUGUAAUUCAUUCUCACUUCCUAUUAAAUGUUGCCAAAAGCAAUUUGCUGAGGAUAUUGAUGCAGUCCUUUUUGAAUAACUGUUUUAUUCUCCUAGCCGAUAAAGAUUGACUAGGAUUUAUGCUUCUCUCCCAUGUAAUAAUUGAUUGAAAGACCACUUUUGACACGAAAUCUUCUAGUCAUGUAUCAAGUCUUGGUCUAAAAUUGUAUGCUGUAUGCUUGUAAAAAAGAAGAGAACUCAUCUUGGAGUUCAAGUGACCUUUUGGAACUGACAUGAUAAAAGAUAAAAGUAGUCCUCCAGUGGUAUUUGCACA